AUGUCCUCCAUCGAGUUGCGUGUGGCUUUGCUGAGCGGUGAGCAGAUUGCCAUUGCGCGGCCGCCCCAGUCGACGAUUGGUGAACUGAGGGAAGUCGCCCAGAAGAGGUUUGGAAAAAGCUUGGGCAAGCUCGUAAGUGCCGUUGGAACCCUUCUGUUGGAGCCUGAUACUCUCCUGCAAGCGGGCGUCAAGGAGAAUGAUGUCAUCACUGGCAUCGUCCAAGAUGUAGCUGUGGCAGCAACAAGAUACGCAUUUGCGGCGAUCCGCCCGAACGGCACCGUAGUGUCAUGGGGAUGCCGAAGACACGGCGGCGAUUGCAGGGCAGUGCAGGACCACCUGCAGAAUGUGCAGCAGAUACAAGCAACAGACUGUGCUUUCGCUGCCAUCCUGGGAGAUGGUUCAGUAGUGUCCUGGGGCCAUCCGGAUGGUGGGGGCAAUAGUUCUGCGGUGCGGGAAGACCUGCAUGGCGUGUCCUACGUUCAGGCUACAAGUGCUGCGUUUGCUGCAAUCAAGGUGGACGGGUCUGUGGUGACCUGGGGAAGCCCCAUCGACGGAGGCAACUGCGCUGCUGUGCGCGAUCAACUUCGCAAUGUGCAGUGCAUCCAAUCUAGCUUUGGGGCUUUCGCAGCCCUUCGAGAAGAUGGACGUGUGGUGACGUGGGGUGAUACCCUCUUUGGCGGCAGGUCGGACGUCCCUGAUGAGUUGCAAGGCGUCCUACAAGUUUUCGGCCAUGAGCACGGCUUUGUUGCUGUCAAGGCACUGGGCCGCUGCUGA